AUGUUUUAUUCGUCAAUAGGAUGCAGUAAGAAAUCUUGCCGGUUUUUAGAUGGAUGUGUCUUUCUACAAAACGAUGGUUAUUGUAUGAAGUAUUAUGUCAGACAGUUAAGUUAUGAACCAGCAAGUACAGUUUGCAGACAGGAUGGUGGAGAAUUAUUUAGAAUUGACAGCUAUAGGAAACAAUUAGCAAUGGAGCACAUAUUGAGUAGUGUACUAAGUGUAACCGAUGAUGUAAUUGUUCAAGGAACAAAGGAUUCUCAAGACAGGUGGUUGUUUGACGAUGGAACACCUAUGACCUAUUUCAACUGGAAUUCUCCUGACGGUCAACCAAACAAUGGUCCAACUGAACGUUACAUUCAUAUUAAGUCAAGUAACCAAUGCCUGUGGAAUGAUUUUGGCAGUGCAGAAAGACAAUUUCUUUGCCAGAUAAACGAAAAUAACUAG